CGACGGAGAUGGCGGGCAAGGAGGACGGCCGGAUCUUCGUGGGCGGUCUCUCGUUCCACACCGACGAGCGCAAGCUCUCCGACGCCUUCCGCCGCUUCGGCAAGGUCGUCGAUGCACAGUCUCGUCUUAUUGGCCACCAAAUAUUUUAAGCAGCGUCAUGGCAGCCCGCAAUUAAACUGUGCAGCAACAGCUGGUAACUUGUGUGACGAAAACUGAGCUGAGCUGAAAUUCCAGAUUAGUUUGUGGUGAAUCACUGCUAUCAUGUAGUGCUCAUUGAACGACGUCUGAAGGCUAACAGUCUAACUGAUGAAGCAACAUUUGAUGCUAGCAGUUAUCCCAACCAACCCACAUCUUCGACCACUUGCACUUGUUGGAUAUUGAUGUCUGUGGUCUUCAUGUGCUGUUUUUCAUACGAUGGAAGAUGUGAUCUUAUCGACCAGCAUGACAGUGUUUUGGACACCAGUGAUCGUCCCGAGAAUGCUGUUGUUUUGCUUUCGAUACAGUAAUUCACUACUCAGCUGAAGUGAAAGACUAAUAUAUGGAGCUAUACCACUAAACUGGUUUAUAUUUGUAGUGUAGUAUGAUGAUAUCAUAUGAGGGGAGUAUCAUGAACUUUGAGGCAUGCCUGGUUCGUGAUGUUUUUGUGGCAAUUGAAGUUGAUUGCUUCUCAACUUCUAGUAUGCUACAAUAGGUUUAGUAUGAUAUGUCCCUUAGGAAUCCAAACACGGAGAGUUUCCCAAGAGGAAUCUAGUAUGUAGAGGUAUCAGCAGAAAGUGGUAGCAGCAAUGAUUGUUUGGUUGGAGUAGCCAGUGUUGCUUGAUGUUUGUUUGCCAACUGCUUGUCAGUGACAAUGAGCUUUGCUGUCUUUGGAUCUGCUCAGUCACAAAGAGCUACAGUUACACCCAGCCAGUUAUGUGGCAGUUUUGAUUCGUCUAUUGAAUUAUUGAAACUAUGAAUAAUCUAAUGCCUAUACUGCUCUGAAGAUCAUGCUGGAGAGACACACAAACCGCCACCGUGGCUUUGGCUUCGUGACGUUUUCAGAUCCACGGGCAGUUGAGGAAGCUAUCAAUGAUAUGCACAACAAAGAGUUGGAUGGCCGUACCAUUUCAGUGAACAGAGCUGAGCCCAAGAUGAAUACAGAUGACACACGGUACACCAGUGGUGGUGGUGGCGGUGAACGUGGGGAUUAUCGUGCCCCCAAGGGUGAUGGUCCACUCCCUGGCAACUGCUUUGAGUGUGGCCGUUCUGGCCAUUGGGCCCGUGACUGCCCCAAUCCUGGUAGUGGUCGAUCUGGGCGUUUCCCUUCCAAGUUCAGCGGUGGUGGUGGCGGCGGCAGGGGAGACCGCUUUUCUGGAGCAGACAGGUUUGGUGAUCGUUAUGGGGAUGACCGCUAUGAUAGUGGCCGUUAUGGAUAUCGUGAUGCUGUUGACAGCAGAGACAGGUAUGACGGGGGCCGUGACCGUUAUGCCAGUGACCGGUACCCCGCUGGAGGUGAUCGCUUUGGUGCAGACAGGUAUGUUGCUGCUCCAGAUCGCUAUCAGCCAAGUGCAGGAUACGGCAGGGAGCGGGAGAGAAGCUAUGAGAGAGACCCGGUGCGUGGCAGCGGCGCCUAUGACAGGAGUGGCCCAAGGGGUGGUGCAAGCUAUGACAGGGAUGGCCCUAGGGGAGGCAUCAGCGGUGGCUAUGACAGGGAUGGUCCGCGUGGUGGUGGUGCUGACUAUGGCAGUGGAGGACCUGCUCGCUACGACGGAGGAAGCUACAGGGAGAGGCCUGGGCCGUACGAUCGCCCCAGCAGGGGAGGAGGAGGACGCUACGAGGAUCGCUUCUAGUGGAGCUGCUACAAGCAAGUUGUGUAUUUGCACUUUAAUCCUUUCAGUUUGGCAUGGGCUGAAUGCUUAAUGAGUACUGUGGAACGGUUAUCUCUAUUCUGUAUUACAGAUGGUACUCGCACUGGUUCAGUUUUAUCCAGCAGACUGUUUUGAUGCUGA